AUGUUACACAAGUUGUUCAGGCCUGAGGCUGGACAAAUUCAAGUUCGACAGCUACGCCCAGUCCACACUCUACCCACGAUCGUCGGCGAAGGGAAACCGUGACGGCGACUACACCGGGUAUCAAAGGUACAACACACAGCUCAAGACUAGCCCCUAGGGGCCGAAUCAUCUGCCCAACAUGCCGGCCAUGCUGGACGACCCAACAGCGCCCGCCAUAUAUCGCGUGUCAGGUGCUCCGCCAUACCCUGUCCCCUACGGCCCACUCCCACCCGACAUCGCACUCCGACAAGUGACGCUCCGAGACCGAGUGACAAUAGCCACGCUUGUCCCAUUUGCCUCGCCCCACCAGGUCCCUCAUAAACUGACAGCAUAUCUCUGUGAGCUGCUGAACCGCGAGAUUGACAAGGGCGACACCUACCCCAUGAUGGAGCCCAUGCCGCUAUCCUCCUUCGGCACAUAUUGGUUCGCCAACUUCGGCGCCGUCAUGCUACUAGGCGACAUCCAGAGCGUAGAGGAGGUCACGCAAAUGGAGGAGCGCGGCGCCGACUGGGCGAAGGAAUGCCUAGGCAGCUUCUACGUGAAGCCCAAUUAUCCCGGUCGCAGCAGUCACGUCUGCAACGGCGGCUUCCUCGUUACGGACGCGGCACGAAAUCGCGGCGUAGGAAGGUUGAUGGGAGAGUGCUAUCUCGACUGGGCGCCGAGGUUGGGUUACACGUACAGUGUCUUCAAUCUCGUCUACGAGACCAACGUUGCUUCGCUGCGCAUCUGGGACGCACUCGGCUUCAAGCGUAUAGGGCGAGUAAAGGGCUGCGGAAACCUCAAGAGCUACCCGGACCAGCUUAUCGAUGCAAUCAUUUUCGGCCGUGAUCUCGGAGGCGAAGGUGAUGAGUAUGUAAGCGAAGAGCGCUUCGACAAGAUUCGCUUCUACCUCAAGACAGGCUCGUACCCGAAUGGCAGCGACCGGGCGGAGAAGUCCCGUCUGCGGAGUGCGGCGACACAUUACCGGCUCGUGCCGAACAUCAACGGUGGCGGUGACGGCGAGGAGGACAAGCUGAUGCUGAAAGGCAAGGAAGUCAUCUCCGAUCCGCACAAGCAGUACGAGAUUGCGCGGAACAUGCAUAAUCUCAGUCACGGAGGCAUCAACAAGACCACCGCGAGUAUAGCGGAGAAGUAUCACUGGGUGCGGAUCAAGGAGACCGUCAGUGCGGCGAUCAGGAACUGCCCCGAAUGUAAAGAUCAGGCGGCCAAGCAGCCGCAGACACACCCGCCAGAGCAUGGACACAUGGAUUUUGACGAUUUGCCUGUGACGGGUCAACGUGGCACAUUGGCUGACGAGCUCAUGAAAGCGCAUGCCGAGGAUGGCGCGCGACUGCAGCGGGAGCUGGAGGUGCAGUUGAAUGGUGAGCGAGGACAGGCUUACGCGGAGGCAGACACGAGGUAGUAGCUCGUCAAUGCUAAUGAGUUCCUUCUUCGCAAUCAAUACGGGAUUGUAACCAUAUCCACUCGUCGACUUUGCGACUAUGAUUCUGCUUGCCCGCUCACGUGCCCUUCCCACGCUGAGCCCGCGGUCUGGCGGUGUUACACAAAUGCAGAUUCAUGGCCACUUGACGAUGCCUACCCUCGGUUUACGAGCCGAGCCGACUCACCA